AUGAGGAGUCUACUUUUUCUGGUGCUGAUUUCUAUCUGCUGGGCUGAACCUCACCCUGAUAACUCAACUCUAGAGCAUGAAAGAAUUAUUCACAUUCAAGAAGAAAAUGGACCCCGUCUACUUGUGGUAGCACAACAAACUAAAGUCUUCACACACCGGGGUGGCAAUGUCACACUGCCAUGUAAAUUUUACCAUGAACACACAUCAACAGCUGGCUCAGGAACUCACAAAAUCCGCGUCAAGUGGACCAAACUCACCUCAGAUUACCUCAAAGAAGUGGACGUCUUUGUUGCAAUGGGACAUCACAGAAAGAGCUAUGGAAACUACCAGGGCAGAGUGUUUCUGAAGGAAAGCAGCGAGAAUGAUGCCUCUCUUGUAAUCACAGAUAUCGUGCUAGAGGAUUACGGGAGAUACAAGUGCGAGGUGAUUGAAGGUUUAGAGGAUGAUACAGCAGUGGUGGCUUUGGAUUUAGAAGGUGUGGUCUUCCCGUACUCUCCGCGCCUGGGGCGGUACAACCUGAACUUCCACGAGGCCCAGCAGGCGUGCCGGAGCCAGGACGCCGUCAUCGCCGCCUUCGACCAGCUCUACGAGGCCUGGCGAGCGGGGCUGGACUGGUGCAACGCCGGCUGGCUCAGCGACGGCUCCGUGCAGUACCCCAUCACCAAGCCCCGCGAGCCCUGCGGCGGCAGGAACACCGUGCCGGGGGUCAGGAAUUACGGCUUCUGGGAUAAGGAUAAAAGCAGAUACGACGUUUUCUGUUUCACUUCGAACUUCAAUGGUCGCUUUUACUACCUAAUACACCCAACCAAGCUGACCUAUGACGAAGCUGUUCAGGCUUGCUUGAAGGACGGGGCACAGAUUGCUAAAGUUGGCCAGAUAUUUGCUGCCUGGAAACUGCUAGGAUAUGACCGCUGUGACGCUGGCUGGCUGGCUGACGGCAGCGUCCGCUACCCAAUCUCUAGGCCAAGAAAACGCUGCAGUCCUAAUGAAGCAGCAGUUCGCUUUGUAGGCUUCCCUGACAAAAAGCACAAGCUAUAUGGUGUCUACUGUUUCAGAGCAUACAACUGAAAAUACCUAGAGCACAACAGUUUUAAAUUCAUU